CUAAAUCGUUAGAAAUGGAAAAAUGAAGAGCUUGUAAGUGUUUAUUCUUCCCCAAACACAAUAAACCCAGCUUCCCAAAUCUCGUCGUUGUUCCUUCUUAGUGCCGGCGGCGGCGGCGAAACCAUGGCAUCGUUCGGGUCUAUCAAAUCAGUCAUAUUCGACAGAGAAGAGAGAAAACAGCAGUAUCAGGCACACAUUCGAGGCCUCAAUGCAUACGAUCGUCACAAAAAAUUCAUUCACGAUUACGUUAGAUUUUAUGGGAAAGAAGAAAAACCUUCAAGCUUGAAGUUGCCUAUUAAAACAGAUCAAGAUACAUUAAGAGAGGGAUACAGAUUCAUACGGUCAGAGGAAGAUGAUAUGGAUCCAUCAUGGGAACAAAGGCUGGUGAAGCGAUAUUAUGCUAAGCUUUUUAAAGAAUACUGUAUUGCUGACAUGUCACAGUACAAGAGUGGUAAGAUUGGUCUCAGAUGGAGAACAGAGAAGGAAGUUAUGUCUGGCAAGGGCCAAUUUAUAUGUGGUAACAAGCAUUGCAAUGAGAAAGAUGGACUGGCAAGCUAUGAGGUGAACUUUUGUUAUUUUGAAGCUGGAGAGAACAAACAAGCUCUAGUUAAAUUGGUAGCAUGUGAGAGAUGUGCAGGGAAACUUAACUACAAAAGGCAGAAAGAGAAGGAGCAAUUAGAAAAAAGACAACAGGAGCAAGAUAGAAGAAAGAGGAGUCGUUCAAAGAGUAAUGAUGAUCAAGAUGAGGUCGAAGGAAGCGAAGAGAGAAGGCGGAAAGGAAAGAGGGCUUCAAUUUCAGCCAGUGAUCAUAAAAUUGAUGAUGAUAAUGAUGACGACGAUGAUAACAUAGAUGAGUUUCUUGAGGGGAUGUUUCCCUGAUCUUUAACUGAUUCAUUGCUAUACCUGAACAGUAUAUCUUGAAACCAAAGCUGGGCAAGACAGAAAAAGGUUAAGCAGUGCUGGGAGCAAGUGACCAAUGCAAGUAGAUGCCUAAAAUACAGAUGAAUAUGGUGAGACCAUGAAUGCUUGAGACAGAAGUUUGUAUACCCUGUCGAGCCCUUCGAAAUUAUGCACGAUAUAAUUGGUUAAUAUAUUAGGCAGAAGGAUGCUUAGGAGCUUGUAUUCUGUACAGUUUGUAUAAACAAUAUUGCCUUUUUAUGGAAGCUAAUCAAAUUUGUAAAGCAGAACCUUGUGGUUCUAGACUCGUCAUAACAUAUAGUACAGUUACCCAUUUAUUAGGGAUUAAAAUCGAUGAUAAAAAAUGCUCUAUGGUUAUUUGGAAACUUGUAUUAUAAUUCCCUCUUCAACACUUUAUUGCUUGAUAAUACACCAAUGAUAUUGGGCAAAA